GAGAGGGUAUUUUGAAGUUCGCUUGAGCUACGAAAUGAACUUCAUUUGGGCGUGAAGUCUAGUUGCGCAAGAAGUUGCACUACUAUGUUUGAGCAUGAAUUUCGGUCGAGCUAGGAAAUGAACUUCAUUCGGGCUUGAAGUUCGCCUCAGCUAGAGAACGAACUUCAACAGGGCGUGAAGUCUAGUUGCGCAAGAAGUUGCACUUUGUUUGGGCAUGAAUUUCAGUCGAGCUAGGAAAUGAACUUCAUUCGGGCUGUCGGGGGUCACAGCUGGUCCGUGCCCUCUCCACGUGAUCUUGUUGUGCCUAGUCAGACACUUUUUCGCAGUCCCGGCCCGAACGCUUCUUGGGACGAGGGAAGGAAGGAACAAGAGACGAUGCGAUGGACGCUGGUGCGGCAGAGAGCGCCGCUGAAGCUGGCCGUCAUCGGUAGCGGGCCGUCGGCAUUCUACAGCGCGGCCAGGGUGCUCUCGUCGCUGCGGGACGACGAGCAGGCCGAGGUGCACCUGUACGAGCGGCUGCCCACGCCCAACGGUCUCGUCCGCUACGGCGUCGCGCCGGACCACCCCGAGGUCAAGAAUGUCGAAAACAAGUUUGCGCAGGUGGCUGCAGACCCGCGCCUGCGCUUCUUUGGCAACGUCGACGUCGUCUCCUCGUCGUCGCAGUCAUCGUUCACAGCGCCCUCGGACCAGUACGACUACCCCGAUGCACACAAGCUGGCGCUCUCGGAGCUGCUGCCGCACUACACCCACCUCCUGCUCGCCUAUGGCUCGUCGCUGGCACGGCCCCUGUCGCUGUCGCCGGCGCCGCUCGGCGUGCACUCGGCGCUGGACUUUGUCAACUGGUACAACGGCCACCCGGCCUCGCACGACGCGCGCUUCCUGGCGCGCAACCCACACCGGCGCAUCGACGUGCGGCGCGGCACGGAGCACGCAACGAUCGUGGGCGCAGGCAACGUGGCGCUCGACGUGGCGCGGGUGCUGCUGCGCGGCGCACGCGGGCCUGCCGACGACGGCUUCGCACGGACCGACGUCCCCGAGCCCGUGCUCGCCCACCUGGCCUCGCGCCUGGCAGACCUGAAGCGUGUCGAUGUCGUGGCGCGGCGCGGCGCCGCCCAGGUCGCUUUCACGAACAAGGAGCUGCGCGAGAUGAUGGACCUCGGCGGCGCCACGCGCUUCGAGCGGCCGUCCGACGCGGACCUCGCGCUGGCCAAGACCCACGUCGACGCCCUCGCCGAGCCGGGCCAGGCGCGCAUCCGCAAGCGCCUCCUCACCAUCCUCGAAAAAGGGUCCAGAGACGAGGCCGCCACCACCACUGCCGAGCGCACGUGGGCGCUGCGCUUCUUUGCCAGCCCCGGCUCGGCGAGUGCGACGGCGAGUUCAGUCACGACGACGAGUGCGACGACAACGACAGCAGCUACUACAACGGCAGCGACGUCGCUCGCACGCACGGGCGAGCGCUUCACGACGCCCACGGACCUCGUCAUCACCAGCGUCGGCUACAAGGGCGCCCCGCUCGCGGCGCCGUCAUCUGCUGUGCCACCAGCAGCGCCCGACGCCGACACCGACACCGCGCCGCUGAUCCCCUGGGACGCGCAGCGGGGCAUCGUGCCCAACGUGGCCGGCCGCGUCGCACGGGGCACCGCCGUCGUGCCGGGCCUCUACGUCUCGGGCUGGCUCGCCACGGGGCCCGUCGGCGUCAUUGCCUCGACGCGCCUCGAUGCCAACACGAUUGCCGACGCCAUCCUCGACGACUGGCGCGCCCAGCGGCCGACUCUCUCGUCGUCAUCAUCAUCGAUAUCACCGGGAAGCGUGCCCGAGUCGCUGGCGAGCAGCAGCACGCCCAUCGUCGACUGGGCCGGCUGGACCCGCCUCGACGACGAGGAGCGGCGCCGCGGCAAGGCGCUGGGCAAGCUCCGCGAAAAGGUCUUGUGUGAGUCUGUCUUUGCGAGUCAUUGA